AUGAUCGGUUGUGCAUAUGGUAUGAAUCUUGGGUAUCCCAUCAAUCCAGCGAGAGACUUGGGUCCAAGAUUAUUAGCUUACUUUAUAUACGGCAGUGAAGUCUUCACCUACCACAAUUACUACUUCUGGAUACCAAUCAUUGCACCACUAAUCGGAGGAGUAUUUGGCGCAUGGUUAUACCAUAUUUUUGUUGGAGCACACUUGCCAGAUGAUGAUGAUGAAAUUCUAAGUGAUACUUCCGAAGAGGAGCAGUCUGACAACGAAAAUCGGCGAAAAGCUGGUGGACAUAAAAAAGACGAACCUUCUAGCCCUAGAGACUCUGGUGCAUCCUCCUCAAGAUCAAGCAAAAGAAGAGUAGCUACUUAA